GAAUCUUCUCAACCGAGAUUUGCCGCCUCUGGUGAGUUGGGGAGGAAAGACAAGAAAAGUGAACUAAGCUGGUUAGCUUAGGAAAAAGGAGGGGCGCGCGAGAGCCUUGCCACGGAGCAGAGCGGACAGUGGAGCACAGAGCUGAACGCAGCAAAGACUAAAGGUCUCUUGCACCGGGAGCAGAGGGACCGAAGGAGAGUGGAGCGGAGAACAGCCCAGAACCGAGUAGGGGAGCGCAGAAACUAAGUGACAAGAAACUGCAGUGCACCCGGCUGGCCAACGCUAAAGGACUAUCCCACGCGUCUGCGGAGUUAGGCGGGUGAGAGCUGCUCCACAGUGGCCCCCUCGCCCCUCGUCACUUGCCUCUCAACUAUUGGACCAGAAUGCCCUGGUGGACGUCCCCACCAACUCCUGCCCCGCCUCCAAGCGGAACAAACCGAGAGACGUUCUCGUUGAUUCAGGACUCCAGGGACUCACCCUGGGUUCAGGGGAGGGAAUGAAGGUUUGGGGCGCUGCUGUUACCCCUGAUCUGUCGAUCUCGCAUCUUCCCAUUGGCCCACUUUCUCUACCAGCUGUGUCCAGCUGUACCACUGCUUUAUCAGGGGUUCGUGGCUUCAGCGUUGGGCAUCUAUCUGAGCACAUGUCGAUCCCUAUCUGCGUCAGCACUGUGUCAAUAGAUGACUCUACUACCGGCAGCAGGCUGGACUAUUUAAGAGAUAGCUUUUCCAAACCACCAUAACUUGUCUAACCUGGACACUCAUCACAUCUCUCUGGGUCGAAAUAGGACGGUACUAUCAUAUUUUAAAGCUAUGUACAGUAGCCUCAGUGUCUGCGUGCUCCUCGCUGUCCUGUCAGCAAGCUCCUUGGGACAACAGCCAAAAGAGUCCAGCCAUGCCAACCCAGGGGCUUCUGAGCUGGAGCAGAGCCUUGCUGCCCAGCACCGGCAUGCCCGUGCUCCUGCCUCCCCCAGUCAACUGAAGCCUCUACAGAGAGCUGAUGGAAAUGGGGACUCCAGGAGCAACUUCGGGGCUUUGCUGGCCAGGUACAUCCAGCAAGCCAGGAAAGGUUCUUCUGCUCGAAUGCCAGUCAUCAAAAACCUCCAGAGCAUUGACCCCAACCACAGGAUAAACGACAGGGAUUACAUGGGCUGGAUGGAUUUUGGGCGCCGCAGUGCUGAGGAAUAUGAAUAUUCCUCCUGAAGAGGGUCAGAGCCCAACCGGAAAUCCAACUCCCCAUUCUCCACAGAAAAAUAACAUUAACAAGACUAAUCACUUAUCAUCUCAACAAAUUGAUGUUUUAAAUAUGCAUCAUAUAUAUUUAAGUAUUCGAUGUAAAAAAUCUGCCUGUAAAAUUGUAUGAUGUGAUAUACAUAUAUACAGAAUUUUCCAAAAGAGAGAAAACAACUUAUGUUUCCUUUCCCUAUGAUUUCUGGUCCUACACAGUUGAUGUGAUAUUAAAAUCUCAUUCACUCCUCUAAACCUAGUCUUGGCUGUUUGGCAAUGAGCUAUAAGGGUAAUUAAAGUACAAGUCCCAGAACCACAUUUUAAGGUCCUGUAAGAUCAUUCUAGUGAUUGACCUCCAGAGGGCACUUGGGAGCCCAGCCCAAAUCCAGGUUAAAAUGAUUGUCCUUCACCAUGGCUAUGUUGCCCUAGAAUCAGGAGUCCAUAAAAUUCAGCUCUACUUAGACUCAUAUAUUCCUAGUCUACAGCUCUUGGCGACCAUGGCCAUUCCUGGCUCUCCUUUCCCCUUUCCUUUCCAACUGCAAGUUGACUGAUGAGAUAUCUGCUAACUGCUGCAAUUCAUGGAAUAAAUAGAAUAUUCUCUGACUUAUGGUGAGUUAUGUCUUUGUCUUAUGAAAUAGUCUUGGGGAAUGACCAGGUGUGGGAGAUGUAUGGUAACAAACUGAAAGACGGAUCUGCUAAAUUGUCCUUGAAAUAAAGAACCCAGAAUUUAUUAAAACACCCACACAUUAUUUUUGUUCCUGGCUCAUUUUCCUCUAAUGAUUUCUAAGCUUGGAUUAUAUAAGAAGUAACCCAAAUAAAACUCUGGACCCAU